AUGCAAGAAUUAAGAUUUCAGGUUGAAUUGCGAGAAUAUGGCUUUUUCGAUUUGCAGAAUAGUGUUGGAGCUGGGAAGUACCCAUUUAGGUUGAGAAGAAUGUGUGCCUAUUGGGGAAGUACAUCCACUGGAAGUUGGAUUCGUUGGACGUGUAUGUGUUGUGAUCGUCCUGGAAGAACAUGUGUAUUUUGGGAGAAUAUGUGUGUUCGAUAG